AUGUCCUCUCUCAGUGAUACGGUGGUUUCUGCUGCCAUUAAUCGGCCCUUGUCGUUCAAGAACCCAAAAUACAAUCCUCUGCGUCGUCACAAGCCUCAUCGUCAGUUGGUUCUGGAUGAACAAAAGAGACUCGCCACACUCACCCUUCCUGUUGACGCCGUUACCUACUUCUCAGUAGAAGCAUACCCACCGUUGAGACCACAAAAACAUUAUUGCGAUAUCACUGGGCUCAAAGGACACUACAAGGCCCCAUCGAGUGGACUACGGUUUGCCAACGCCGAAGUUUACCAGGUAGUGCGCACCAUGGCCCAAGGGGUGGACCAGCAAUACUUGGAGCUCAGAAACGCCAACGUUGUUCUUAAAUGA